GGUAAGAAAAAAAAAUGUCGGAUAGAUUGGAUUUCCCAUACUGUGAAGAUGUAUCCAAGUAUGAAAAAUUGAUGAAGGUUGGUCAGGGAACAUUUGGCGAAGUAUUUAAAGCGAGACACAGAAAAACAAAGCAAAUGGUAGCGUUGAAAAAGAUUCUAAUGGAAAACGAAAAAGAAGGCUUUCCAAUCACAGCAUUGCGAGAGAUUCGUAUUUUACAGUUACUCAACCAUGAAAAUAUCGUCAACUUGAUUGAAAUAUGUCGAACAAAAGAGACGAAUCACAAUCAGCAACGACCGAUAUUUUAUUUAGUUUUUGAGUUCUGUGAGCAUGAUCUAGCUGGAUUGUUGUGUAACACGCACAUAAAAUUUUCGCUUGGUGAAAUUAAGAAGAUUAUACAAAUGCUACUGAACGCUUUGUAUUUUCUUCAUUUCAAUCGAAUUUUACAUCGAGACAUGAAAGCAGCCAACAUACUGAUGACGAAAAAUGGCGUGUUGAAGUUAACAGAUUUUGGGUUAGCGAGAGCUGUUCAUUUAACCAGAGACUCACAGAAAGCCAGGUACACAAACAGAGUGGUUACCCUAUGGUAUCGCCCACCCGAACUAUUACUGGGAGAGCGCAACUACGGCCCACCAAUUGAUAUGUGGGGUGCAGGUUGUAUCAUGGCAGAAAUGUGGACCCGCAGUCCUAUACUGCAAGGUAACACAGAACAGGAGGAACUUAAACUAAUAAGUCGUUUGUGCGGUUCCAUUGAUACGGAAGUUUGGCCGAAUGUUGAUAAAAUGGAAUAUUAUUCCAAAAUGGAUCUUCCACAGGGCAUGAGAAGAUGCGUAAAAGACAGGUUACGAAAUUAUGUGCGCGAUCCAAUAGCUCUAGAUUUGAUUGACAACUUGCUUCUUUUGGAUCCAGCAAAACGGUACGACGCCGACACCGCUUUAGAUCAUUCGUUUUUCUGGUCGGAACCGAUGCCGUGUGAUGUGAGUGUGACGUUGUCUAAAGUGACGUCAUCCAUGUUUGAAUUGUUAACAGUACGUAGAGGCAAAAAUGCAGUUGUUGGAGGAGUGAACGCAAGACAUAUGCAUUCACAGAGCUUUAACAGUGCCAUCUAUGAUCGUGUUUUCUGAAGACGUUCUUAUUUUCGUUGUGUUCUCUUCGUAUUUAAGUAUGUCCCGCUGGUAAUCAAAACACAAGCUCUUUGUUUUCAAAUGAGCUAGUCUUGUUUGACUUCGUUUGUAAGAAAUUUAAAGAAGUUUUAAUGUUAGCUAACUCUAUUUCCGAAGACAACCUUUGUUGAGUUUGAAAAACCUUGUCCUAUGGCCUUGUUAAUUUUUUUUAUCUGGAAGGCCACAGCCCUAUGAACUUGCUAGAAUU